UCGCUGCCUCAUCUCGCGGUAACGUUACUGCACUGUUAGCUUGCAAGCUAACCUCAUCGUUUCCAGGUUUCGUGUCGACCUGAAAACACCAAACCAGGGGAGACACAGAGACGCUGCGCAGUUACAGAAUCACCGAAAGGCUGCAACCGAGGAGCGGGAGGAUGCCACACAACUUCCAGCCCGGAGACUUGGUCUUCGCCAAAAUGAAGGGGUACCCCCACUGGCCAGCCAGGAUUGAAGAUGUGGCUGAUGGGGCAGUGAAACCACCUCCGAAUAAAAUCCCUAUUUUCUUCUUUGGGACACAUGAAACUGCAUUCCUCGCACCAAAGGACCUCUUUGCCUAUGAGAAGUAUAGAGAGCGCUACGGGAAGCCCAACAAAAGGAAGGGAUUCAAUGAAGGCUUAUGGGAGAUCCAGAACAAUCCACAUGCCUCCUACAGUGCCCCACCUGUGCCAGCAAGCUCUUCUGACAGUGAGGGCAACAAUGCCGGAGGAGGAGGAGGAGGAGGAGGAGGCAGUGACGAGGAUGACGACGAUGAAGAAGCUGUUGUGCCUCGUAAAGCCGACUCGGGGAGUGAGGUUGAUUCUGAUUCCGGAAGUGAAGACAGAGGAAGGGGAGGAGGAGUGAAGCGGAAGCCGCCGGCUGCGAAGCGACCCCCUCCUCCCAAAAAGGCCCGGGGGUCAUCCAGUGACAGAGAUGGAGAGGAGAGUGGAUCCCCCUCUGAACCAGAGCCCUCCCCCUCAGAGUCAGACUCCGGCAAGAACAGUGACCAGGACUUCACCCCAGAGAAGAAAUCUGUUGGACGGGGCGGGAAGAAAGCAGGAAGCAGGGGGAAGAAGAAGAAGGCUUCAUCUGACUCAGACUCAGAUUCGGGGUCUCAGUCAGAAAAGAAAGCAGCGGACAGUGACUCCGAGGAUGAGAAGCCGCGUCCAGCUCUGUCUGGUUCAGAAUCCCAGUCUGGCUCAAAGUCGGACUCAGACUCAGAGCCGGCUCCACGCAAAGGCCCUCAGGCGCGCAAGAAAGAGAAGCCCCCACCAAAGCCUCGGGGACGGAAACCCAAACCUGCCCCAGCAAAACGUGCACCCUCCUCAUCCUCCGACAGCGACAGCGACAGCGAGCCCGACCGCAUCAGCGAAUGGAAGAAACGAGACGAAGAGCGCCGACGAGAGCUAGAGGAACGCCGGAAACGGGAGGAGGCGGAGGAGCUCCGCCGGCUACGCGAGAGAGAGAAGGAGGAGGAGGAGAAGAAGAAAAGGGAGAAAGAGAAGGGGAAAAAAGGGAGCGACAGUGACAGCAGCAGCAGCUCGGACGAGGGCGUAGACGAUCACCCGCUGAAGAAGUCCAAGAAACCCCCUCCACCCCCGAUCCCUGCGCCCUCUGACUCCGAUUCUCCAACCCCAGCUGAGGUGAAAAAACCUUCCAAACGACCAGACAACCAGAAGAAGGUGAGAGUGAAGAAAGAGAAGGAGGGCAAAGACAGAAAGGAGAAAGAGCUGAAGGAGAAGAAAGCCCAGCGGUCAGAGGAGAAGUCCAGGGCACGGUCUAAGCCUGAAAAACCCAGACGCAAACCAGAGAGGCCUCCAGAGAAGAAAGUGGAGAAGAAAAAGGAGCCUUCACCAGAGGAAAAGCUACAGAAACUCCACACAGAUAUCAAGUUUGCACUCAAAGUGGACAACCCAGACAUAGAGCGGUGUCUACAAGCCUUAGGGGAGCUCGAGGCUGUGCCUGUCACUAGCCAAAUCCUGCAUAAGAAUGCUGACGUUAUUGCCACACUAAAAAAGAUUCGGCGGUAUAAAGCCAGCAGCGCAGUGAUGGAAAAGGCCAGUGACGUCUACAACAAAUUAAAACUCCGCUUCGUGGGCAAGACGGAGGUGGCAGCUAAACCUAAAACAGAGGCCAAGGAACCACAAGAUAACGGGAACGAGGCCCAAAACACAGAUUCCACUCCUGUGAAUGGGGAAUCGGAACAGAAGAAAGAGGAUAUGGAGGUCGAGGAGAAGCCAAAUUCCCCAGUCCAGGAGGAGAAUAAUGAGCACACGGCUUUGAGCCCAAACAGACCCAGCCCAGACAGCCCUGCUGAACAACACACGCACACGUAUGAGGAAGCAGACCACGGCAUCCCCGCAGAGACGGAACCACCUGCCAUAGAAAGCUGAAAAAGUCGGAAGAACGUCCACAGCGGACCAAGUGCUAAAGGACGGUGGCCUCCUUUGUUUGAAGUCAUGUGGUCAUCGUGGCCCAAGUGUUGUAACACACACCCAGCGUGUCCUACCGUGUUGACAUUUUGGACGUUCAGUACCUUAAUGAUAUCAAACCAGAAGGCCCUUGUGUUUAAACUCUUUGGUCCAUUUGUUUAUCAAGGCAAAAAGGAAAGCUCACUAGUCUGAUAGUUUGUGACGCCGCGUGAACCCUUUCAUUUCUGAAAUGUAUUUUUUCCUUUUUUACGACACUCGGCCCGUCCCAGAUCCUCACCCUGUACCCCCUGCUUCAAGCUACCUUGUUUUUUCCUCCCACAUGAACUCUGGCUUUGGUCUGUCCUACUGUAUGUAUAUUGAUUCCAUUUUUAGCACUUCUAACAGGAAUUGAGGCUGGGGUAGAAUAAGGUGAAACUUUAAUGGCUCCAUGGAGGAAGGCGGGUGGAAAUGGAGCCAUGCUGUGAAUGUUUCGCUUUUUUUUUUUUCUUUUCUUUUCUUUUCUUUUCUUUUCUGUUUGUUUGUUUGGUUUUUUUUUGCAGCCAUACAUCCAGUGACUUUACCCUUUUUAUAAAUCCUAAUGAACAUCACAAAGGCCUAUUGUCUGUGUGUUUGGGUCAGCGAGAGAGAGGUGCAGUACUGUUUGAGUCUUUUCUGUAAUUUUUUUUUUUCUUUAAUUAUCUGGUCUUGCUUCCUAUCAACUCAUUCUGAAAUUCUAAGCCAUGGAAUCGAGUCACAUAAACUUUUCCAACUGAGGUCCACCUACUUUUUUAUAACCUUGUUUUCAAAUAUUUGUGUCUAUAUUUUUGUCUUAACUAAUGAAUGCUCUGGAGUUACACACCCCCAACAUGUUGUUUUCCCCAUAGUGUCUGCUUUCAGUAACUUGCAUAUUAAAUGGGAUAACUGUA